AAUAAAAAGAAGUAAACCAGUAAAUUAAAGGAAGUACCAAAAGUACUGAUGAUGACUUCCAAAGCCCAAUCUCCCCUUUCUCUCCCGGUCAUUGACUUCUCUAGUGGAGAUCUCAAACCAGAAACUCCCGAGUGGGACUCAGUGAGAGCUCAAGUCCGAGCAGCCCUUGAAGAGUACGGAUGUUUCGAGGCCACGUUCGAUGGAGCUUCCAUGGAGCUAAGGAAAGCUAUUUUCAAGGCCACGGAGGAGGCUUUUAAUUUACCACUAGAGACGAAACUAAGCACAAAGUCAAACGAAUUAAUUUACAAAGGGUACUUGACGAUUCCGACUAUGCCUUUAUACGAAGGUAUGGGCUUCUACGGUGUAGAUAGUCCUGAGGUUGUCGAUGACUUGACUCACAAGCUUUGGCCUCAAGGCAACACCCCUUUCAGCAAGAAUGUUCAGUCAUUUGGAGAGAAGUUGAUAGAACUAAAUGUGAAGGUGAGGACAAUGAUCAUGGAGAGUUUCGGGCUCGAGAAAUACAUCGAGGAACAUCUUAACUCAGCAAAGAACCACCUUCAAAUAUUCAAAUACAAAGGACUUGACGAUAACACAGAGGAGACUCUAGGUUUCAAACCUCAUAUCGACAGACAAUUCCUCAGCAUACUUUGCCAGAACGAUGUUGUAGAUGGCUUGGAGAUUGAAACCAAAGAUGGUGAAGAGUGGAUCAAAGCUAGGCCGUGUCAAGAUACUUCUUUCCUUGUUAUGGCCGGAGCUUCUCUUCAUCUACUUUUGAAUGGUGGGGUGUUUCCUCCGCUUCACCGAGUGGUUAUAACCGGAAAGAAAGAUCGGUAUGUGGCUUGCCUGUUCUCGCCUCCUAGACAAGGACUGAUCAUAAAUGCGCCUGAGGAGAUAGUAGACGAUGAACAUCCUCGUCUCUAUAAGCCUUUUGAUUUUGAGGCUUACGUGAACUUCAGCAACAGGUCCAACACAAGUACCAGGGGGAGAGAUCUAUCUAGUCUCAAGAGUUAUUGUGCCCUUUAAAUAUUUAUGAUGCCUUGCAAUUAAAAAAUAUGUCUUGUUUGAUCACUGUGCAUUUGUUCAUUCGAUCGAGUUGGUCUUGUUGACUGGUUAGCGUCUAAUAAAUCCAGGGCCGACUCUAACCCAUGGUAACAUCGGCAAUUGCCAUGGGUCUAUAGAUCCAAGCUUUUUAAUAUUAUUUUACUAA